GGAACUCAAAGAAACCUCUGCUGCAAGUUGCACGAAAUUGAGUGUGAGAGAGAUCAGAUAUAUAAACAAAUACUCACUCCUAUAAGGGAGCAGCAAUUCUACAAAGAAAAAGCCUCCUUUUUGUUGCCCUGUGUCAAAAAAGAAACCUUUUUGGUGGGAUUUGGUUUCGCUUUCUUGGGGGCCAAAAAGAGGAGAUGAUGAAUCCGAAUAAGCAGCAAAGAAGAAACCUUUACUUCUUCUUCGUCUUCGUCUUCUAUGUCUUCAUCCUCUGUGCUCGCUUUCAAACCUCUGAAGCUACUAAAGACUCGUCGGCUCAAGUGAAGUUACAGAAUCGUCGACUUAGCUCCACCGUCGUGUUUCCUGUCUCCGGGAAUGUGUAUCCUCUUGGGUACUAUUAUGUGUUGCUUAACAUUGGCAACCCACCUAAGCUCUUUGACUUGGACAUUGACACUGGCAGUGACCUCACUUGGGUUCAGUGUGAUGCACCUUGCAACGGUUGCACAAAGCCUCGUGCUAAGCAGUACAAGCCCAAUCACAACACUUUGCCUUGUUCACACAUCUUGUGUUCUGGUCUUGACCUUCCCCAGGACAGACCUUGUGCUGACCCUGAGGAUCAAUGUGACUAUGAAAUCGGAUACUCCGAUCAUGCAUCAUCUAUUGGUGCACUUGUAACUGAUGAGGUUCCUCUAAAACUCGCAAAUGGCUCCAUUAUGAAUCUUCGUUUGACAUUUGGAUGUGGGUAUGAUCAGCAGAAUCCUGGUCCACAUCCUCCUCCUCCAACAGCGGGAAUACUUGGCCUUGGAAGAGGGAAAGUAGGCCUCUCAACUCAGCUAAAGUCCUUGGGGAUAACGAAGAAUGUGAUUGUGCAUUGCUUAAGUCAUACUGGUAAAGGCUUUCUCUCUAUUGGAGAUGAGCUUGUUCCUUCUUCUGGAGUUACAUGGACUUCAUUGGCUACUAAUUCACCUAGUAAAAACUACAUGGCUGGACCAGCAGAGCUUCUCUUUAACGACAAGACCACAGGUGUCAAAGGCAUUAACGUAGUUUUCGAUAGUGGAAGCUCGUACACUUACUUCAAUGCAGAAGCAUACCAAGCUAUUCUCGAUCUUAUAAGAAAAGACUUGAAUGGGAAGCCUUUGACGGACACAAAAGAUGAUAAAAGCUUACCAGUCUGCUGGAAAGGCAAAAAACCUUUGAAAUCACUUGAUGAGGUUAAGAAAUACUUCAAGACGAUUACUUUACGAUUUGGGAAUCAAAAGAAUGGUCAGCUAUUUCAGGUUCCACCUGAGUCGUAUCUCAUAAUCACCGAAAAAGGAAGAGUAUGUUUGGGUAUUCUGAAUGGAACUGAAAUCGGUCUCGAGGGCUACAAUAUCAUUGGAGACAUAUCUUUCCAAGGGAUAAUGGUGAUCUAUGACAAUGAGAAGCAGAGGAUUGGAUGGAUUUCUUCAGACUGUGACAAACUUCCCAAGUCUGAACCUUUAUUCACCUCUUUUUAAUAUAUCAUUUGAUUUGAUUUGUAUCGUCUUCUUCUGUUUCAUCAAAUCAAUAAUAAAAUUUCUCUUUUCUUCUUGUGUUGCCUUGUUGCCUCUGAACUAUUCUGUUAACAGUGUGAAUCACGACUAUGGAGGAGAUCUGUCGGAGGAAGCUUAUCCAAUAGGAUUUGGUUUGAUAAAAGAGCUUUUCUCAGGAAGUGAUUCUUCAAAGAACAAGAACUUGGUCUCAGAUGGAGAGCUUUGACACAAGAGAAGAGUCUUUUUUAAAGUGGUGUAGUAAAAAGAUUUUGAGGUUUUUGGUUUUUGGUUUUGUUGUUAUCAUAGAAACAAGGAAAAUAUUUUGUGAAUAUAUAUAUCAUCAUAUAAUAGCAAAAUGCAACAGAGUUUAAGCAAAGAUUCAGAAAUUUUCACUUGUUGGGGUGUUUUUUUUAUGUAACCGGAAGCUUUACGAAAAUGACCCCAGCAUAAGCUACAUUUCUUGGGGGUAAAAUGGGAAUUCG